AGUGGGAAGAGAGGGGGAGAGAGAGAGACACAGAAUCUGAUGAAAAUGGAAUAGUGAUUGAGUUUUGUAGGGUCAUCUCUCGUCUUGAGCACUAUAAAUGAGACAUAUCUCACUGCUGCCUUCACUCAGGUCGUCUUCUUCUUCUUCUAUCGCUCUUAUCUGUUGUCGUCCCACUUUGCCCUCUCUCUCCCCAACUACUUUCUCCACAAACCAUCUCACAGUCUUCCGCUUCAGCAUAAGGGCAAUGGCAUCUCAUAUUGUUGGAUAUCCUCGCAUGGGUCCCAAGAGAGAGCUUAAGUUUGCUUUGGAAUCUUUCUGGGAUGGGAAGAGCAGUGCUGAGGACUUGGAGAAGGUGGCAGCUGAUCUCAGGUCAUCCAUCUGGAAACAGAUGGCCGAUGCUGGAAUCAGAUAUAUCCCUAGCAAUACCUUUUCUUAUUAUGAUCAAGUGCUAGACACCACAGCAAUGCUGGGGGCUGUGCCCCCCAGAUAUGGCUGGAAUGGGGGUGAGAUUGGUUUCGACACCUAUUUUUCCAUGGCUAGGGGAAAUGCAUCUGUUCCUGCUAUGGAAAUGACCAAGUGGUUUGACACUAACUACCAUUACAUUGUCCCAGAAUUGGGGCCAGAUGUGAAGUUUUCUUAUGCGUCUCAUAAGGCUGUGACUGAAUUUAAGGAGGCCAAAGCACUUGGAAUCCAGACUGUCCCAGUCCUUGUAGGACCUGUAUCCUAUUUGUUGUUGUCAAAACCAGCUAAGGGUGCUGAGAAGUCAUUUUCUCUUCUCUCUUUGAUUGACAAAAUUCUUCCAGUUUACAAGGAAGUUGUUGCUGAACUGAAGGCAGCUGGAGCCACCUGGAUUCAGUUUGAUGAGCCUACCCUUGUGAUGGAUCUGGAGUCUCACAAAUUGCAGGCAUUUAGUCAUGCCUACUCAGAGCUGGAAUCGUCGCUCUCUGGUUUGGAUGUUCUCAUUGAGACAUAUUUUGCGGACGUUCCUGCUAAUGCUUACAGAACACUGACUGCCUUGAAGGGUGUUACCGGCUUUGGGUUUGAUUUGGUUCGUGGAACAAAAACCCUGGAUCUAGUAAAGAGUGGAUUCCCUUCGGGCAAGUACUUUUUUGCUGGAGUAGUAGAUGGAAGGAACAUUUGGGCCAAUGAUCUUGCUGCUUCACUCGCUACCCUGCAGGGCCUUGAGGGCAUUGUGGGAAAAGAUAAGAUUGUUGUCUCCACUUCCUGUUCUCUUCUCCAUACCGCGGUUGAUUUAGAGAAUGAGACAAAGUUGGACACAGAGAUAAAAUCAUGGCUUGCAUUUGCUGCACAGAAAGUAGUUGAAGUCAAUGCCUUGGCAAAUGCACUUUCUGGUCAAAAGGAUGAGGCAUUCUCAUCUGCUAAUGCCGCGGCCCAUGCUUCAAGGAAGUCAUCACCAAGAGUGACAAAUGAGGCUGUUCAAAAGGCAGCUGCUGCUUUGAAGGACUCUGACCACCGCAGAGCUACAAAUGUGAGUGCCAGGUUGGAUGCUCAGCAGAAGAAAUUGAACCUUCCAAUUCUUCCGACCACUACUAUUGGAUCUUUCCCUCAAACAAUGGAGCUUAGAAAAGUCCGCCGUGAAUAUAAGGCUAAAAAGAUCUCUGAGGAGGAGUAUGUGAAGGCUAUUAAGGAGGAGAUCAACAAAGUUGUCAAGCUUCAGGAAGAACUAGACAUUGAUGUUUUGGUGCAUGGAGAACCUGAGAGGAAUGACAUGGUUGAGUACUUUGGAGAGCAGUUAUCUGGUUUUGCCUUUACUGUUAAUGGGUGGGUCCAAUCUUACGGAUCUCGCUGUGUCAAGCCACCCAUCAUCUAUGGUGAUGUGAGUCGCCCCAAUGCAAUGACUGUCUUCUGGUCUUCAAUGGCUCAGAGCAUGACUAAUCGCCCAAUGAAGGGAAUGCUCACUGGCCCCGUGACCAUUCUGAACUGGUCCUUUGUUCGGGUUGACCAACCCAGAUUUGAGACCUGCUAUCAGAUUGCUUUGGCCAUCAAGGAUGAGGUUGAGGAUCUUGAGAAGGCUGGCAUUAAUGUUAUACAAAUUGAUGAGGCUGCUCUAAGAGAAGGCUUGCCUCUUAGGAAGUCCGAGCAAGCUUUCUACUUGGACUGGGCUGUUCACUCCUUCCGAAUCACCAAUUGUGGUGUCAAAGACACUACCCAGAUCCACACCCACAUGUGCUACUCAAACUUCAACGACAUCAUCCACUCUAUUAUAGACAUGGAUGCGGAUGUGAUUACCAUUGAGAACUCUAGAUCGGAUGAGAAGCUUCUUUCAGUCUUCCGGGAGGGAGUGAAAUAUGGCGCGGGCAUUGGCCCGGGUGUGUAUGACAUCCACUCGCCCAGGAUCCCGUCUACAGAAGAGAUUGCUGAUCGGAUCAACAAGAUGCUUGCUGUCCUCGAGAGCAACAUCCUGUGGGUCAACCCCGACUGUGGCCUUAAGACGAGGAAGUAUGCGGAGGUCAUGCCUGCUCUCAGCAACAUGGUUGCAGCCGCCAAGCUCCUCCGCUCGCAGCUGGCCAGCGCCAAGUGAGUUGGGAAGGGGCCGUGUAAACUCCAUGGGAGAAGGGAAACUGGGUUUGUAGGUCAAUAACCCCAUGGCAUUGUGUUGGAUUGGGACCAUGGGCUUUCUUUUAUGCUCUGCGGAAAUGAUCUUAGGUUACUGAGAGUUUUGCUCUUCUAGUGAGCUCUUAUCACUGUUUUUGUUGCCUUCAAUGAAUCAACAUCCUUCUCCUCU